CUGGAACGGAUUUUACCGCAUUAGAAAUCAAAACGGGAUCAGAACGGGAUCAGAACGGCAGUUUACCGCACUGCGAUUCCUUUUUCUUGAAACCGUUCUCAGAACGGUUUGCUAUAGCGCAUGCGUAUUAGAUCUUGUGGGCGGUGUACCAAUGACGUCGCCACUCGGUGGUUGUUUUGACCCGGAAGUCGUCCGAUGACUUCCUUGUGGGGUGUAAAGAUGGCGUCGGAGAAAGCAUUUUUUGAUCUUGUGAGCAUGGUAGAGAAAGAAGAAGAGCGAAGAAGGAGAAGAAUGAGUCGCAUUGCCAAAUCGCUUGUCCUCAUUUCGCGCCGGAGGGCUGCUUUGAGUAAGAUUGCAGUUAUGGCUGCCAGCGGCAAUCUAGAUAUAUCCAGUUGUCUGGCAUGGAUGGCGACCUGGCCUCGCAUCCCACGUUGGUGGCAGCAACCCCGGGAGCGGACCAACUGGUGGAGUGACGAAGUCCUCCAGCGAUGGGAUAACGACAUGUGGGUUUCUAACUUCCGCAUGUCUAAAGAAACCCUUUUUGAUCUGGCUAACAUUUUAAGACCAGAGCUGGAGCGUGGGGAGUCUAGAUUCCGGAGUCCCAUCCCGGUGGAGAAGAGAGUGGCCCUAACUAUUUGGUGGCUCUCAAGCCCUCUGAUGUAUAGGAAGGCGGCUUCCCGUUUUGAGGUUGGAAUAUCCACAGCUGCAGAAAUUGCCAUCGAGGUGUGCCUUGCUAUGGAGAAGCUGCUGCUGAGGAAAACUAUCCAGCUUGGAAACUACCAAACGAUUAUGGAUGGAUUUCAGAGACUUGGAUUCCCACACUGCAUAGGAGCUAUUGAUGGAACUCAUAUUUCUUUUUUCCCACCACUGGGACGCAGAGAGGAAUACAUCAACCGCAAGCAGGGAUUUUCAAUUGUUCUGCAAGCAACUACAGACCACAGUGGAAGGCUAAUUGACAUAGAAGUAGGGAAUUGUGGGAGAUCUCACGAUAGCCACAUAUUUAACAAUUCUGCUAUCUGUGAAGUGAUGGAUGAAGGCUGUUUUGUGCCCGGAAAUCCCACCCUGCAUGUCCACGAUGUAGCCAUUCCACCACUGAUUAUAGGGGAUGGUGCCUACCCAAUCAGGAAAUGGCUAAUGACACCAUAUCGUGGAGAAUUAACACCUGACAAACUUGCUUAUAACAAUGCCCAUUGUAAGGCAAGGUGCGUGGUGGAGAGAUGUUUUUCGCGACUGAAAUCUAGGUGGGGUUGUCUUUCUGGUAGACUAACUGUGAAAGAGGAAAAUUUUAUCUCUGUGGUUACAGCAUGUGCCAUCCUGCACAAUAUUUGUGAGACGAGGGGAGAAGUCCUUGAUCCCGAUGUUGAACCACCUGCGAAAAUUGUCCUCCCAGCUUUCUCAAAUAACAGCAGAGGACACUCUACAAAUCACAAAAAAGAGGGUCAAGCCGUUAGAUCUGCAGUAACUAGCAUUAUUUUGGGUCGGUAA